GAACCCCUUCUUUCUUCUCGUGUCUCCCAUUUUCCCACGUUUUCCCGAUUUCUUUGGUUAAUUUUUCUGAAACAUCGCUUUCUCAAACGAGAUUUACCCAACUUCUCAGAAGCCUACCUGACCUUUACUCCUUACUCCUUCCUUAUCCCUACAGCUAGAUGUGGGGAUAUACACACACACACACACAUACCCAUACUCUUGUUUCGCCGAGUUUUCAUGCAUUUUCUGUGCCAAAAGAUAAGAUCUUUUUAAUUUUAAUCCCUUUUCUUGAUUUGCUGUUGGCGUUCUUGCUGGUAGUUGGGUCUCUUUAAUCUUGAUGGGUAAUUGCGCCGCUUGUUCUGCAAGAGUGGAUGCCUCUCUGAGCUCUCUCACCCCUUCUGCUUCUGAAUCCUUGCAAGUUCCUAGCAAGAGAGGCAAGUCUUCCAUUCCUUCAGCCAUAGCCAUCCCUUCCUAUGGUAGAAAAAACAGGGUGGAUAGCCUUUCCACGCCGAGAUCCGAAGAAGAAAUAUUAUUAUCCCCAAAUGUGAAAGCUUUCACAUUUCUUGAGUUGAAGAACGCGACCCGAAAUUUUAGACCAGACAGCCUUCUUGGGGAAGGAGGAUUUGGGUAUGUCUUCAAAGGAUGGAUCGAUGAGCAUUCUCUUACCCCUACAAGACCUGGUUCUGGGAUUGUCAUUGCUGUUAAGAAGCUGAAACCUGAAGGCUUUCAAGGCCAUAAAGAGUGGCUGACUGAAGUUAAUUACCUUGGGCAACUUCAUCAUCCGAACCUGGUUAAACUUAUUGGAUACUGCACAGAUGGUGACAAUCGGCUUUUGGUUUAUGAGUUUAUGCCAAAAGGAAGCUUGGAGAAUCAUCUUUUCAGAAGAGGGUCACAUCCCUUGAGUUGGGGCACGAGAAUGAAGGUAGCCAUUGGUGCUGCUAGAGGCCUUGCUUUCCUGCAUGAUGCCAAGGAGCCCGUUAUAUAUCGUGAUUUUAAGGCUUCUAAUAUCCUCUUAGACACGGAAUUCAAUGCCAAGCUGUCUGAUUUUGGAUUGGCCAAGGCUGGCCCCACCGGUGACCGCACUCACGUGUCUACUCGGGUGAUGGGUACGCAGGGCUAUGCUGCACCUGAAUAUGUCGCUACAGGUCGGUUGACAGCAAAAAGCGACGUAUAUAGCUUCGGAGUCGUGAUGCUCGAAUUGUUAACCGGUCGUCGUGCUGUUGACCACUCCAAACACGGCGUAGAGCAGCAUCUUGUGGAUUGGGUGAAACCGUAUUUGGGGGACAAGAGGAAGCUUUUUCGCAUUAUGGACACUAAAUUGGAGGGACAGUACCCUCAGAAAGGGGCACUCAAGGCCGCGAACCUCGCGCAACGCUGCCUAACCCCAGAUCACAAGGUUAGGCCGCGCAUGUCCGAGGUUGUGGCGGAGCUUGAAGAACUCGAAGCCCCAAGAGGGUCUUCUAGACUCUUCCAACAGGAGCGUCAAACCACCCCCGACCACGUCAGAAGGCGGAAUUCCACGCCUUCCUAUCAGGCGCCGCCACGUGUCAGGUGAUGUGGCGUAGCUACCACGUGAGCUUAGAUACUUUUAUUGAGUGUGGUUUGAUUUGAUGAUUAGUGUGAGAUGAUUUAGCACAAUAAAUUGUGGUUUAUUUGUAUGUAUAUGCUGAUAGUUUAUGCAUAAAAGAAGAAUAUGGCAGAGCUGAGGUGUCACUUUUUGACAAAUAAUAAUAAUAAUAUAUGACAUGGCAGGAG